AUGCAGAACUACGGUCGGCCUGCCUAUGACCGGCCUGGCAGCACGAUGAGCUUCGCAGGGCAGCAGCCGCCUCCAGUGCCGUCAUAUCAGCAGCAACAGCAAUGGAGUCAGCAGCCCCCGCAACAGCACCAGUCAGCUCCCGGAUACAAUCCCGGCACAUACGGUGCGAUGGCUGGUGACUACGGUCAGGGUGCCCAGUAUCCACCAACGUCUCAGCCAUCAGACCCUUACGCCCAGCAACCGCACAGCGACAUCCCGCCUCCACCUCCACCCAAGCCAUACGGGUUUGCAACUGCAGUGCAGCAACAGAAUGAGCACCACGUGCAGUAUGCGCAGAAUACCCAGAGCGCUCAAAAGUGGCAGCAGCCACAGCAAGCGAGUACAGGCUUUGCGCCGCAAGCACAGCAGGGAGGCUACCCUGUAUACAGCAAUGCUGGACCUCCACCGUCUUCUGCCACAACAGUUGGCUCGUACUAUCCUCAAUCGCAAGACGGGCGGCCGGGGUCGAUAUAUGGUGCAGAUCAGGUUGGGGCUUCAGCAUCUCUAGUGCAUCAACAGCCUGGCAGCACCGUCAUGAGUUCAAACGAGCAGGAUCCCGCAUACAAACCGUCGUCACUGUCAGGGCAAGGCGUGCAAGCGUACAUAACCUCGAACCUGAACCCUAUGCCCGGAGUCUACGUGCCUCCGUCACCAGACGUCCCAGCGUGGCAGCAGGCGCAGCAUGCACCUCUACAAGGAGGGAAUAAAAGGUUCACGUAUACCAAAUCAACAGUGGACCCUAGCUUCUAUGCACAGGGCUAUCAGGGUGUACAGCCAGCACAGCAACAACAACAACCUCCUCCUCUGCCGCCGCGGCUUGAUCAGGGUGGCGUGUCCCAGCAACAAACACAGCAAUACGGGCAGCAACCCCCACAAUAUCAUCUCCAAACACAUGUACACCCGCAGCAGCCGCAGCAACCUCCGCCACUACAUGAUCAGAUCACCCAACAGCAACAACAGCCCCAGGUUCCGGCACAUUUCGGGCAGGUUGGACAACCCGUUCAGCCUCUCCAGCAACAAUGGGGCCAGCAUUCUCCUGUGCCACAAUCGUACAUGCAGCAACAAGCUGCACAGCUGGAACAGUAUGCCCAAAUGCACCAACAGCAGCAAUCACAGCACCAGGUGCAGAGUCCAGCUCAGUCGCAACCUCAGUGGCAAGCGCCGGCGCCUGCGCAAAACAAUUACGCACAGCAAAAGCAUCAGGAACCACCUCCAGCAAUGCAUGGCUACCAACAGCAGGAUCAGCAGUAUCAUCAACAGCAGCCACAAGAGCAGCAGUAUCAACGUCAGCCACAGCAGCCACAAGAGCAGCAGUAUCAACGUCAGCCACAGCAGACACAACAGCAAUCUCAGCAGUUACCGCAAGCUUCAAUGGGGCAGCAGUAUUACCCAGCGCUAGAGCAAAACAUUGGAGCGCCGAAUCCGUUUGAUCGCACCGACACCACCCCACCAGGCCUUGUACAUCAAUCGAGCCCGCACAAUCAUUACGUGUCUCCUGCCGUCAGCCACUGUGUAUCGAGUUUUACACUAGGCCGCCCAGUGUCUGUAAGCACUGACUCAGUAAGUUCGAUCGCGUUGGUCAACAUACACUCGCAACGUGCAGCCAAUCGAACAGCGUCGCCAAAGUCACCUCCAUUUAACCCUGCACCUCCACCACCUCGAGAUGACGUAUCCAGGUUCAGCGCCCUCGGCACUGGCGGCCCGUCCGAUUGGGAGACCUUUGGUGCAGGCGAUGAAAUUGAUGAUGAGGCUAUAUUUGCGAGGAAGCCUAGGCCUGUGCAGCUGGACAGCGUAGAGCUUCCUGCUCCUCAUCAACCCUCACCUCCACUCACGCAAGACUGGCCGAGUCCUGCCAACACUGCUCCCAUCAGUCAGAGUGGUCGUCGUGACACCUACCAACCGACACCACCAACUACUACCAUCAGUCCUGUACACAUACACCGAACCCCUUCGCCCAAAACACCGCAACAGCACUCUUUUGCAAAUAAUGCGCUUGUGGCACCUCUACGAGCUUCACCUCAACAGGUUCAAACGUACGAGGCGCCGCAGGAUGCUCGGCAUGGUUUUGUGAUGGGCGAAGUGCUUUGGGGCGAACCAGACUCGCCGAGACAAUUACACAAUGCCUCGCAAAGAGCUCAGCUCGAGGGCCUUGGUGCACCCAGUACAGGGUCGCAAGGCGAGCAGGUUUCCGUCCCUGCCCAGACACCCGCCACUUACGCGAUGGCGCCAUUUGUCGAAACCUCCUUGCAGAAAAGGCCUGGCGCCUCGCGUUUCUUCUCUGAUGUUGGCACAACUUGGGGUCUCUCGCCCAAAGACAAGGAACAACAGAGCAGCCCCUGGGUCUCGAGGGACGACAGUAAUCUCCCAGCCAAAUUACAAGCCAAAGAUGAAGAGCUGUGGCGCCUUCGCAGAGAGUCCAAGGAUGAGAUGCAGAGAGUACAGGCGGAGAUCGAGGCUGGGAAGGCCGAGUUCUUGGCUGAAAUUGACCGCCUGAAGGCUGAUGAGGAGGCGGCCAGAACGCUUACAGGUCAGCAGAGUGCGCAGCUAAACCAGCAGGUUGAAACUAUGAAGGCCGCUGCCAAAAAGGCAAAGACUGAUGCUGAUGCAUUGAAGAAGGAGAAUGAUCUGACGAUCGAGAGGAUUAAAGAGGAUAUUGAGGGUAAAGAGGACACGAUCAAAGAUCAAGAUGAGACAAUCGUAGAUCUGCGCAAACAGCGUGAUGACCUCCGACAACAGCUCGAUGAUGCCCACAGGCAACUUGAGAUUGCUCAUACGCAAUUUGACAAUGCCCAGAGGCAGCUCAAAGAGGAGAAGACGAAGGCGGUACCGGAACCUCCAAAGCCUAGCGCUUUAGACCUCGUUCCGGACUUGGACCCCUGGUAUGCCGGUUCUCUCGAACGAUACAUUGACAUGCUUCGCGGCGAGGCGAACGAGCUGCAGGUCGAAGAUAAGAUCAAAACCUUCCAGACAUUCCUGAAAGCUGAAUCCACCAUAAGAGGCAUUGAGUACUACGACGCUCCACCAGCUACAUCGGUCACAGAACAUUCACAAGUAGCUCAGUCUGGCGGUCUCCAAAGUGAGAAGCGCGACCUGAGUAUCGCCGUCCCGCAAGAUUUACCUGACGAUGAUGACUAUGAUUACAGUCCUGGAGGCCGACCCCUUCUGAAGCGUCCCACCGCCUUAGCCGAGGUGAUCAUUCCAACUCAUGCCUCAGGCAUCGCUUCCUCGCAGUCGACUGCCAUCUUGACCCCAGCAAGCUCAGUUCACGAUGACUCGACACCCAUACAGUCUCCACCUGAGGAGCAACCACAGCCACUAUAUAAAGCUUAUGUCCCACCCAUCCUGUCAACAGACGUUUUAUCAUCCCUUGCGCAGCGACAUGCCACGGGCCCUUCAGCCCUAGCGAAUACUAUCUCUCCGAUCGGUCCUGGAAAGAACCGCGACGAAAUUUUCUUCGGGGCGCAGAAGCCCAAUGGGCCUCGCGCGGGCCACAAAUCGACAUUGAGUGACGAUACAGGAGGUGUGCCCAUCGUUGCUCCAUUGAAUCUCGCAUCUAGUCGCCCUGUCUCCGUUGGCGCGGCACCCAAUGGCAAUGCGCUCGAUACACUCAAGAGCCUCUUACCAGACCAACUGAGGCCAGACCCAUUCCGACCACCGACGCCAAGUUCAGACCUUAACGGAUUUCGAAAGAAAGCUGCAGGCAUUAAAACUAACUCGAAGAACAUCGAAGAGCUCACGAAAUCAUGGGAAAAAUCGACUUCUCUGACUCGCAAGAAGAACGAUGACGCACGUCGAGAGCGCCAAGAGGAGAGCGAAGAAAAUAAUGACGAUCUCUUCAACUCUGAUGAAAUCUCGUAUGCCGAACUGAAAGAUCUCGAGGCCGAACAGAGAAGUAAAGAGAACAAUCUGACGAUACAAGAAGCCCAGGCCGAGGUUAAAAGCUAUGUCGAGACUGUCUUCGAUAAGGUCUAUAACGACCUCCAGGAAGACAUCGCAAAGCUCACAGACCUGUACAUCGAGGCGGAAACGUUGCUUCAAACCUCGGUUUCGGGCGUCAGGAGUCUAGGAGAUGGCCAUGCGCCAAGCACCAAGGCUUGUCUUGAAAUACUCAUAGAGUUGCAUGAGCAAAUGGAGAGCACUCAUGAGCAGAUUGUUCAAGCUAUCGCUGAACGCGACAAGCGAUACAAGAAGACUGAGGUUCAGCCUGCGUAUAACGCUGGCGACAAAGCCAAAUUGAAGACCAUGGAGAAACACUUCGAACAGGCUGAGAAGCGAGCUGUUAGCCGCGCGAAGAACGAGAAGGCGGAACGUUUGGGCGAAGUGGUCAAGACAGCCGAGGAAGCCAUUGUUGGUGCCGCGAGGAUCGAACAAAGCGAGCGGAGUCGCAUCAUCGCUGCGGUCCGCGAUCUUGAAGACGGCGAUAAUGCGGAUGUACUGAAGCGCACACACGAGACUCUCAACCUGCUACACGACUCAUCCAAGUUACUCCUCGCUAUCUUCAACCGCCUCGAAAUUAGCCUCAAUAUCGCAGAGGUUGAUGCUGACGUUGCGCAGGCGCUUGUCGACAGCGCGCCUGAGUCUAAAGUCAAGGAGAUGCAAUCCGAGAUGACUGCAAGGGAGGCGCAGCUGAAGGAAGAAUUCGUGAGGCGGAUCGGCGUACUUGAUCAAGACCGAGAGGAGUUCGAGCAAUUAAUCAAGGAUAGAGGAGGUAGUGUGGAGAGAAGCGGUGAGCAAGAGAAAGAAGAGAGACUGAAAGCCGCACUUGAGGAGGCUAAGAGGAGGAAUGGACAUGCAUGA